UAAGGAAAUUCCUGGCAAUUACGGACCAGUCCACAACAAUGGCAUUUAUUGUGAUGAUAGUUCUGAUUAGCUGCUUUAUACAGGGAAGUCAAGGGCUUAAAAUUGCAGCAUUUAACAUCCAGAGAUUUGAUCAGUCAAAAGUCAGUGAUCACAGAACUCUUAACAUUCUCAUCCAGAUUUUACAAAGGUAUGACCUUAUCACCAUUGAAGAAGUUAUGGACGCUGACAAUUCAGCAAUAACAGAACUAGUGAUGAAACUGAAUCAAUUGACCAAACUGCAUUAUAAUUACAUCAUCUCUGAUCAUCUUGGUCGCAGUUCAUACAAAGAAAAAUAUGCAUUUGUGUAUAACGAGAAUAUUCUCAAACCCAUGGAAUGGUACCACUUCGAUGAUGGCUGUGAACAGUGUGGAACUGACACCUUCAUCCGGGAACCUUUUAUAGUGCACUUCCACUCCCUCACUACAACUGUCAAGGAUUUUGUACUCGCAGCCAUCCACACUAGUCCAAGCUAUGCAGUCAGAGAGGUUGAUGGAUUGUAUGAUGUUUGGGCUGAUGCAAAGGACCACUUCAAUACUGAGAACAUCUUGAUACUUGGAGAUUACAACGCAGCUUGUAACUAUGUCACAGAUAGUGAUUGGCCUCAUAUACGACUGCGUCAACAUAAAAAAUUUCAUUGGCUGAUUGGUGAUGAGGUAGACACAACUGUCAGUAAAUACACACAUUGUGCAUAUGACAGGUUUGUUGUGACCACAGAAGGAUUGCUUAAGACAAUAGUUCCUGGCUCAGUCAAGGCCUUCAAUUUCCAAAAAGCUUUUCAUCUCCCAUAUUAUACAGUGAAAGAAGUCUCAGAUCAUUAUCCUAUUGAGCUUGAACUGGAGGAUGAUCCUAGCACUGCUGAUGCUAAAUACAAGACUGGGACAAGUAUUGGUAUCAAUGGUGGAAUCAGUGGUGGUCCAUGUAGCUGCAAAGGUGUAGAUUUCACAUCCUGCGAUGGACGGUGUGGUGCAUAUUCACCUAAUUUUCCUUGCAGUUGUACUGCAAGCUGUUCUAAAUAUCAGGAUUGCUGUGCAGACUAUGGAAAUUAUUGUUAAGGUUGCACGUAAUGGUAGUUAGAAAGUUAUUGGAAGUCAUGAAAGUUUAAUAAGAAAAAACCUCAAAUGAAUUCCAGAAGCAG